AUGUCCGCGUUACAAUUAGUUAAAAUCUUGUUUGAUCCCGAUGUGUCCAAGAAGAUGAUCUUGAACUUGGCUUGGAACCAAGCAAAGGCUUUUGGUCUUGCCAAAGUCCUUGCUAAGUUAUUGGGGUCUGGUAUAGUUGUUGGAGCAGCAUUCACCAAGUGGCCUCAAAUUAGAAAGCUUGUUGAAGAUAGGAAAGUUGUCAGUAAGGGACUUAGUUUAAAGAGUCUUUACUUAGAAUUAUUCUGUGAAUUGGUUCAUGUUGUUUAUAACCAAGACCGGAGAAUUGGAUUUGUGGAUUAUGGUGAGAGUGUUUUGUUGGGUAUCCAGAACUUGGUACUUGUUUUAAUGGUUCAUAUCUUUAGGGCCAAUCGUCAAGAUAUGAAUGAAUUGUAUGGAUUUUCCGUAUGGGCUAAUCCAUCAAGUUACAUGGCUGCUACUUUGGCUAUUAUUUCUGCACUUCCUCAAAGGGCUGUCAAUGGAUUGGAAUUGCUUAAUAUUCCACUUGGUGUUGCUAGCAAACUUGCUCAGAUCAAUACCAACUAUGAGUUACAAUCUGCUCUGCAUUUGAGUCGUACUACAGUUGGGGUUAGUACUCUUGGAUCGUUAGUUCGGUUGUACACUACUAUGCAAUUGAAACGUAAGGAUUGGGUAUUGUUGGCUGGAUAUGGUGCUAGCUUUGCAGUUAAUGCUGCAUUGUUAGGUCAAAUCCAUUAUUAUGGUAGCAAAGACAUUGAAGGGAAGAAGAUGAAUGAAUGA